UCGAUUUUUUUUUCGGUCUUUCCGACCGUCCUUCCAUUUCAGCAGAGUCCAAUCCGUCAUGGCAGAUCGACCCCGGUCAGAGAUCGUUCGAGAUAAUCCUAUUGGAAACGGCCUUGCUACCUUCUACGCAUUAUUCGCAUCGAUCUGCGACGAGAAGCAGGUGCCGCGCACUCCUGACGCGUUGGAUUUCCAAACCAUUGUCAUCGCCCUCCUCUCGGCGCUACAGAUCCUUCCCGCCUCUCGUUUGCUUCGCUCCGGCGGCACAGGCAAAAAUGUCCUCGCUGACAUUGCAAGACUCAACUUGGCCGUUGCUUCCGACGACUUCGACCUCGACCGUAUCAAGCCCCUGCUGCGUGCGGCCCUCGCCGGUGAUCCAAACGAUGCCCUGAUCUGGGAUCAAUUUCGCCAACUCCUCGGAAUACCGCCAAGAUGUGGACAGGGUCCUUAG